AUGAUGCAUUGUCCUGUCUCUUCGUCACUUAUCUUCCAACCGAGCAGAAUCAAAGCAACAUCAAAAGUCUACGCAAAGAAGAAACUCACCAAGAAUCUCCGUAACCCACGCCGCACCAAGCUCCCUCCUGAGUUCGGUGUCAACUUGUUCCUAAGGAAACCCAUCACAGAACCCUUGUUACCACUACAAGAAGAAGAACCUGAAGAGGAGCUAGAUGUCUGGGAACCAAACGAAAUCGAGGCAAUCUCAUCUCUUUUCCAGCAAAGAAUCCCUCAAAAACCAGAGAAACCACUUCGAGUCAGGCCUCUACCACUCCCUCAGCCUCACAAGCUACGACCUUUAAGCCUCCCAACUCCAAAGCCCAACAACCUCAAGAAACCACUCGUGCCAUCAUCAUCGAAAGACCCGACCUUUCUCAUCACUUUAGCUAGAGACAUCAAACGCUUACCUUCCCCUGAAGCAGACGUCUCUCUCGUCCUCAACAAAUGGUCCACCUUCCUCCGCAAAGGCUCCCUCUCCACCACCAUCCGCGAGCUCGGCCACAUGGGUCUCCCCGAGAGAGCUUUACAGACUUACCGUUGGGCGGAGAAGCAUCCUCAUCUCUUUCCUGACAACCGCAUCCUCGCGUCCACCAUCCAGGUCUUGGCUAAGCACCACGAGCUGAAGCUUCUUAAGUUCGACAACACCUUGGCUAGCAAGAGCGUUAUCGAGGCGAUGAUCAAAGGCUGCAUCGAAGGCGGGUGGCUGAACCUCGCCAGGAAGCUUCUACUCAUCGCUAAGAGUAACAACCGUGUCCUCGACUCGAGUAUCUACGUUAAGAUGAUUCUUGAAAUCGCUAAAAACCCUGAUAAGUACCAUCUUGUUGUUUCUCUCCUCGACGAGUUGGAAGAUAGAGAAGACUUGAAGCUGAGUCAGCAAGACUGCACGAGCGUGAUGAAGAUCUGUGUGAAGCUUAAAAGGUUCGAGCUCGUUGAGUGUCUCUUUGAAUGGUAUAAAGAAUCGAACAGAGAGCCGAGCGUUGUGAUGUACACUACGAUGAUACAUAGCAGGUUUUCGGAAGAGAAGUAUAGAGAGGCGAUGAGUAUGGUUUGGGAGAUGGAGGAAUCGAACUGUCUUCUUGAUCUUCCUGCUUAUAGAGUGGUUAUUAGAUUGUUUGUGGCGUUGGAUGAUUUGGGAAGAGCAAUGAGAUACUACUCUAAGCUCAAGGAAGCUGGUUUUACUCCAACGUAUGAUAUUUUUCGCGAGGUGAUUAGCGUUUGUAUAGCGUCUGGGAGAUUGACAAAGUGUAGAGAGAUAUGUAAGGAGGUUGAAGAUGCUGGAUUGAGGUUGGAUGCAGACACUUCGUUUAGGUUGUUGCAGCUCGAAAACCAAACAAUGUCUCUAUAAAAGUAUUAAAGACUUUUUGCACUUGUGUAAUAGAGUUUUGUGUCCUGAGAUAUAACAAAUGAUAUGAUUAUGUAAGCAUAGAAACACACAUUGUGGGUUUACUGUUUAAAAGUUUUUUUUAGGAGAA